GUGGCGCUUGAUAACUAAAAAUAAAGGACGGGUGAAAUACACUGUGUACCUUGCUAAAUUAGCCACAAAAGCGGCUAUUCGUCGUCGUUUAAAAUUUCAAUACUUUACAGAGGGGGGAAUAACACAGUGUGUAAGGAACUGACGAAAAAGCCUGUUGCGCAAAAUCUGCAACGUUUGUUUUUACUCCGUCUUUCAAUUAAAACGAGGCUUGCUGGCCACGUUCAUUGUUGCUUGAGGCCCAGAGCAGAUCAGGCACCUCCUCCAUUAGUUCUGGAAAAUGUUGAAGAAAUGAUUGCAGCAGAGGAUUUGCACACGGAGUUUCAGUUUCCCCAGGAGGCAGAUUCUCAGUUGUCCUCAGAUGCUGACCUUGAGGAUUUUGAUGGCAGAAAUGCAAAGACGGAAAAGGCCAUGCAGGCAGGCAGGAGAGGGAAGAAGAUGGGGGGAGACAAAUCUAAAGGUGGGGGAGCAGGGAGGGUCCCAGGUGUUGGUUGGGUGAAUGGUCAUCAUAAGGAGAACGGGACAGAGACGAUGACCCUCUUUGAGAUGGUCAAAAUGGGAAAGAGUGCCACACAGGCUGUUGUGGAUGAUUGGAUUGAGGCCUAUAAACAGGACAAAGACAGCGCCCUCUUGGGCUUAAUCAACUUCUUCAUCCAGUGCUCUGGCUGUAAAGGUGCUGUAAGCGGAGAGAUGUUCAGACACAUGCAGAACUCUGAGAUUAUCCGAAAAAUGACCGAGGAAUUUGAUGAGGACAGUGGAGACUAUCCAUUAACGCUCUCAGGACCACAGUGGAAGAAAUUCAGGAUAAACUUUUGUGACUUCAUCGCAGUACUUGUGCGACAAUGUCAGUACAGCAUCAUUUAUGACGAGUAUAUGAUGGACACGGUCAUUUCACUACUCACUGGCCUUUCUGACUCACAGGUCAGAGCAUUCAGACAUACAAGCACACUGGCUGCCAUGAAACUGAUGACAGCUUUGGUAAACGUUGCUUUGAACUUGAGAAUCAACAUGGACAACACACAGAGACAGUAUGAAGCUGAAAGGAACAAAGUUAUUGCAAAAAGGGCCAACGACAGGUUGGAGCUGCUGUUACAAAAGCGAAAAGAGCUUCAAGAGAAUCAAGAUGAAAUUGAAAACAUGAUGAACGCAAUUUUCAAGGCGGUGUUUGUUCACAGAUAUCGGGAUGCUAUUGCUGAAAUCCGAGCGAUAUGUAUUGAGGAGAUUGGAGUGUGGAUGAAGUUGUACAGUGAUGCCUUCCUCAACGACAGUUACUUAAAGUAUGUUGGCUGGACAAUGCACGACAAACAAGGAGAGGUGCGGCUGAAGUGCCUGACUGCCCUGCAAGGCUUGUUCUACAGCAGAGAACUUGGCUCUCGACUGGAGCUCUUCACAAGUCGGUUCAAAGAUCGCAUUGUGUCCAUGACUCUGGACAAGGAAUAUGAUGUUGCAGUGCAGGCUAUUAAACUGUUGACUUUUGUUUUACAGAGCAGUGAUGAGGUUCUGACUGCAGAGGACUGCGAGAGUGUCUAUCAUCUGGUUUACUCAGCACACAGACCCAUCGCUGUUUCAGCUGGAGAGUUCCUCUUUAAGAAGCUUUUUAGCCAUCGAGGUCCCAGCGAGGAAGGAUUACCACGGAGGGGCAGACAGAGCCUUAAUGGCAGCCUCAUAAAGACAACCAUCUUCUUCUUUUUGGAGAGUGAGCUACAUGAACAUGGAGCAUACUUGGUUGAUAGUUUAUGGGAUUGUGCCUCCGAGCUGCUGAAAGACUGGGAGACCAUGAUUAGUUUUCUGCUGGACGAACCUAUGCUAGGGGAGGAGGCCCUGAAUGAUAGGCAAGAGACUGCCCUAGUGGAAAUCAUGCUAUGCGCCAUACGUCAAGCUUGUGAAGGUCACCCUCCUGUUGGCAGAGGCACAGGGAAAAGGGUCCUGACUGCAAAAGAAAGGAAAAUGCAGUUGGAUGAUAGGACAAGGAUUACAGAGAUCUUUGCCGUUGCAUUGCCUCUGUUAUUAGCAAAGUACUGCGUUGAUAUUGAUAAAGUAACCAAUUUGUUGCAAAUACCGAAAUUCUUUGAUCUGGACAUCUACACAACUGGACGGUUAGAAAAGCACUUGGAUGCCUUGCUGCGACAAAUCUGGGAGGUUGUGUAUAAGCACACAGAGAAUGAAGUCUUGAAGGCCUGUUCUACCACAUACCACUAUCUCUGUAAUGAGGAGUUCACCAUCUUCAACCGGGUGGACAUUGCCCGCUCGCAACUCCUCGACGAGCUGCUGGAUAAGUUUAAAAGACUCCUGGAGGACUUUCUUCAAGAGGGAGAAGAACUAGAUGAAGAUGACGCCUACCAGGUUCUUUCCACACUUAAGAAGAUCAGUGCCUUUCACAAUGCACAUGAUUUGUCAAAGUGGGAUCUCUUCACCAGCAUUUACAGGCUCCUCAACACUGGUCUGCAGAAUGGAGACAUGCCUGAACAGAUUGUGAUUCAUGCCAUGCAGUGCACACACUAUAUCAUCUUGUGGCAUCUUGCCAAGGUCUCUGAUGGUAGUUCAGUAAAGGGAGAUACGGUGACACUAAGAAAACAAAUGAGUGCUUUCUGCUUGAUGUGUCAGCACUUCAUUAGUAGCAUCAACACUGCAGUCAAAGAGCAGGCCUUCACCAUUCUGUGUGAUUUGCUGCUGAUCUUCAGUCAUCAGAUCGUAUCAUCAGGGCGAGAGCAACUAGAGUGUCUGAUUUAUUCGCCAGACUCCUCUCUGCAGGCGGAGCUUCUCAACUUCAUUCUAGAUCAUGUGUUCAUUGAUCAGGACGACGACGACAACAGCACAGAUGGACAGCAAGAGGAUGAGGCCAGCAAAAUUGAGGCGUUGCACAAAAGAAGGAACCUUCUUGCUGCUUAUUGCAAAUUAAUCGUUUACAAUGUUGUUGAAAUAAACACUGGAGCAGAUAUAUUUAAACAGUACACAAAAUAUUACAAUGAUUAUGGUGAUAUUAUCAAGGAAACUUUGAGUAAAACGCGACAAAUUGACAAAAUACAAUAUGCAAAGACGCUCAUAUUGAGCCUGCAAAAGUUAUUCAAUGAAAUGUUAUCAGAAUUUGGAUUCACUUUGGACCGAUCAUCAUCAGCUUUCUGUGGGAUUAAAGAGCUCGCUCGUCGCUUCUCACUGACUUUUGGUUUGGACCAGUUGAAGACAAGAGAGGCUGUCGCCAUGCUACACAAAGAUGGAAUUGAGUUUGCAUUUAAAGUUCGUAGUCCUCAAGGAGACGGCAGUCCACCCCUUAACUUACCAUUUUUAGACAUCUUGUGUGAGUUUUCAAGCAAACUAAUUCAACAGGACAAGAAGACAGUCCACAUGUACUUGGAGAGAUUCAUGACAUUUCAGAUGGCUCUUCAGAGAGAGGACUGCUGGCUGCCCCUCAUCUCAUACAGGAACUCCCUCCAGGGAGGAGGGGACGAUGACACAAUGUCGGUCAUCAGUGGGAUCAGUAGUCGAGGGUCCUCUGCGUGGAGUAAGAAAUCCAAGCCAACCUCUGCUAGCAAAAGAAGAUUGCCUGAGGAGGAGAACAGCUGCAACAGCAGUGAUGCCGUUUGGAUGAACCGCGAGCAGAGCGUCUCGACGCCGCUGAUGAUGCACUCGCCCCACCUCACUUCCACAGUACUGAGAGAUCCAAAGAAGAUGAGGCAAGAGCAAAGCUGCACAACUGCCUUCAUCAUGCCAACAGAGCAACACCAGCAGCAGCCGCUCCAUCUGCAGCAAGCUGCCAUUGAUUACAACACACAGGUUACGUGGAUGCUGGCCCAAAGGCAACAUGCUGAAGCUCGUCAGCACCAAGAACGGGUCAACUUGCACUACGCAAAGAUCAGAAAUCACAUGCAGCAAGCCAUUUCUGAACCCCACAGCCGUCGAGGUCCUGGAUUAACGGAGGAAGACGAGGAACCCAUCGUGGAAGAUGUGAUGAUGUCAUCAGAAGCCGUCCAUGAGGGCAUUGAUUUUGACACCAUGGAUAUUGAUUUGCCGGCGUCGAAGAAUCGCAGAGAAAGGACUGAGCUAAAGCCGGACUAUUUUGAUCCUUCUUCAAACAUGGAUGAUUCAGUUCUCAAUGUCUCAAUGUUCUAAUGUGAACUGGAUGAUGGACCCUACAUCACUGAAAUUCCUGAGAGACCAUUCUCUGUGAAAGUCCGAAUGGAGUCAAAUGGACUGCCUCAAAUGGCUUGUCAGACACCGUUUGCCUCUUUUUGUCAAAAGUGGAUGUAAAGCUUAUGCUUGAUUUUUUUUUUUUUUAUUGUAUUUUUCUUCUUACAAGAAACUCUUAUCAGGGUGCAGUCGGUCAGAAUAUGUUUCUGUUUAUGUGCUCUAAGUGCAAAGCUUUGUGGGGGCGGGGCCUGUCUGUCAGCAAAAUCUGUUAGCAUUCAUUGUGCUUUAGGCUCAAAGAGUACCGUUAGCAACAGACUAAAACAAUAUUUUAUUGUAAAACCUUAAAAUCAUUUAUUUUAAUUAUAACAAAUUAUCGUUAUGUUCAAAUCGAAAAACUAAAUAUGUGAUGUAAUUAUCCAGGAACCAUUUUAAUGGAGGAUAAACACAAAAAAUAAAGAUCUUGCUGUAGAGAUCUAAAAAUUCUGGAAAAUAAUUCUGCUUUUAUGAACUUUUUAAUAUGUUGAGUUGUUGUUUAAGACUUAGUUAUACUGCACUUGGUACAAGAGUGAAAUGACUCAGUUUGGAUCUUACAGCCAUACAUCUAGAAAUAAUGAGUCUGGAAUGCCUUUAAUCCAGUCUAAACAGGAAACUAAACAUUUCAAAGAAUGAUCAAACUACAAUCAAAUGUAAAGGAGUCAGUGAUGUUGCUGUCACUUGCUGUAGUUGUGAAUUGCAGAUUUCUGGGUCUGGCAUGUGGCUGUGAAUGGACUUGGUCUAGUAAAAUGUGAGCUGGCAAAUGAAACUAUUCUAAGGCUAUGUCAAAACUAGGAUAAUAUGGCAUUCUCAGAUUUUAAUUUGUGAUACUUUUUUAGAAAAAGGCUUUUUCCUUUUGUACCCUAUAAUCAUUUUUAUUUAUAGAGAUUUUGUAAUGACAAUCAUGUGUAAAAUUGAAUGUUUCUAGUCCUUUAAUUUUACAGAUAUUGAGAUAAUCCUUUUUAAUGUAAAGGGAAAGCUGUUACUAUAAUUAAGACCAGGUCUUUCUAUUUUCCUCUUAUCUCUAUAAAGCAAAUAACUGCUAAUGUAAUGCAUUGUUCAGAUGUAUUUAAACAACAAUUUUAUGCAUCCAGAAAUAUUUUGAAUAGUUAAUUGUCAUAAUGCCAUGUAUAAAAUCUUGACUUCGAAACAUGCAUGUCCUUUAUCACAAUUACUUUUGUUUUUUUUAUCGCUCGUCGAUGUAUUAUCAAGUUGAAAAUAUCUCAGAUGCAUUUUUUAAUUUUGAAAAAAAUUACUUUUUGGAGCUCGGCAGAGGAUUUUUUUGCUUAAAAGUUUUUAGUUUCUGUCGCUGCAUACAUAUUACAUAUAAAAAUAUCUAUAAAUAUUUAUUGUAGACCCCAAAGUCUCCCAUGUCUUUAGACUACUAUAUAGUGAAAACUGCAAAAGAUAGGACUUCAAACCUGUAAAAUAUUGUAAUCCGUGCGUUUUUGUUUUUUCUUUUAAUUUGGAGGUUUUACUCUUUGUGUAAGUAUUGUUUAAAAAAAUGUUUUCAUUGAAGAUUGAUUUACUCAUUUACAAGUAUGAAUGUAUUGACUUUUUUCUUUUUGAUAUAUGAGAAUUACUUUUAUUUGUGUGUUGAAUUGGUUAGCAGAAAUCAACAUAAUGGGAUGGUAUUCUCAUUUCUGUUAUCAAUUAAAGGCUAAUUUCAUUAAAAAGAUCAUUAAACUGGAGAGAAGAUGUAGUCUUAAAAAUUAGCACAAUCGAGACAAGGAUACUUAGGCAAAUAACAAUGAUCCAUGUAGAAAUGCAUGUCAACAUGUCAUUUUGGAUUUGUUUGGUUUGGUUUGCUUUGUUUAAACUGCUAAAUCUGUGCUUAUUUGCCGUUUGUCCACUUAUUCCAUUUAUAUUUUGUAUGUAUAUUGUAACACAUGCCAAAUAAACCCUCUAUAAAAGUGUUAUCAUUUUGGCAUGAGAGUCCAGCUAUUUUUAAAUAAAGCAUAGCCAUUUUUUCCAUUGUAAA